CAUCUUGCACAUUUUAUUCUUUAUUUCAAAGCAUGUCCUCAUUCUGCUGCAGUCAAUUCCUCUAUAAAUAACCUUUAACCAUGCAAAUCUAAGGCAUAUUAUUUUUGUCAUACUUUAAUACUCUGUCCCAUGGCCACAUUUUUUACUUUCCCAUUUAUUGAGCCUUGCUCAUGAAACAUGAGUAGAACAAAUUUGUACAUAACUUGUUAGUAAACAGUUCUUGCGUAAAUUGUUCCAUAGACUUGGGGAUAGUUCACCCAAAAAUGAAAAUUCUCUCCAUUUACUCAGCCUUAUGCCAUCCAGAUGUGUUUGACUUUCUUCUGCUGAACACAGUAAGAUUUUUAGAAGAAUAUUUCAGCUCUAUAGGUCUUCACAAUCCAAGUGAAUGAGUACCAAAAUUUUUAAGCUCCAAAAGUCACAAAGUCAAUAUAAAACACUGGUGGUGGUUGAGGAGAUUCCCCUAUACUAUGUAAAGCGUUUUGAGUGCGUAGAAAAGCGCUAUAUAAAUGUAAAGAAUUAUUAUUAAAAGUAAUCCAUAUGACUGCUGUUGUUAAAUCCAUUUCUUCAGAUGUUUUAUGAUAGGUGUGGAUGAGAAACAGAUCAACAUUUAAGUCCUUUUAAUUUACUAUAAAUCUCCACUUUCUCACAUUUUUCCUUUAUUUUUUGGCGAUUCGCAUUCUUCGUGGAUAUCACCCCCUACUGGGCAGGGAGGAGUUUAUAAUAGGAAUUUAUAGUAAAAAAGGACUUAAAUAUUGAUCUGUUUCUCACCCACACUUACCCUAGCGCUUCUGAAAAUAUAUGCUGCGUCCGAAUAUUCAUACUUCCCUACUAUACAGUAUGCCAAUGGAGUAGUAUGUCCGAAUCCACAGUAUUUAUGAAGCAGUAAGCAAGAAAUAGCCGGAUGACCUACUAUUUCCGGUGAGAUUCUGAAGUGUGGAUCGACUGGACACUUAACCAUCCCACAGUCGCUCAGGAGCUGAGGCGACGUCAAGAUCAAAACGCUGGAUUUAAAAGAACGGAGGUGAAUCACGAGUCGGAUGGCUCUUCGCAACUGCUAUAUAUACCAAGAUAAUUGUUCCUUGUGCUUAGAUGGUGCUUGUUUAACUAAACAAGAGCAGAUCGUUUUCCUGGUUGUUCUUAUGUCAUAUUUUCAGGUCACGAGACAAUGCCCACAUACCCGGAUGAUGUCAGAAAUCUGUUCAUUCUACUCACAUGCAUUCCUUAAAUAAACGUACUGUUUUACCGGCUGAGAAGUGCGUCCUUCAUCAAAUACAGUACAUACUGUGACAAUACGCAGUUUUGGACGCAGCUAUAGAUUUAACCUCUGGAGUCUUAUGGAUUACUUUUAUGCUGCCUUUAUGUGCUUUUUGGAGCUUCAAAAUUUAGGUACACAUUCACUUGGAUUGUUAAAACAUACAGAGCUGAAAUGCUCGUUUGAGUUUAGCAGAAGAAAGAAAGUAAAACAUCUUGGAUGGCAUGAGGGCGAGCAAAUUAGAGAAUUUUCAUUUUUGGGUGAACUAUCUCUUUAAAUGGGACAGUUAACACACAAAAUUGUUCUGCUCCUGUUUCAUGAAUAAGGCCCAUUGUUUUAUAGUAUUGCAAUAAAAUAUAAUCUGAAGCCAUUGUUCUACAGUACAUUAAUUAAAUGUUCACAGAUUUACAUAGCAUUUGGUCUGUAAAUUCCCCUCCCACACAAAAAUAAUAAAUGAGUGGGUUGACUUUUUUGAGAGGCAAUCAUUCUAAUAAUCCUAUGGAUUUUGUUUUGCCAAAGUAAACAAAAGGGGGAGCACAAAAAUUAUCCGACCCCUCUAUUGUGUCUGUGCUUGAUAUGUACAUCUCCCACUCAGUCGUUACCUGCCUGUUACUACAGGCUAGACUUUCAGAGCUGUCUGGACUGAAGACUAUGUUACAGCAGUGUCAGUUAAAGAGAGUUUUCCUUGUUCGCCUGAAUUUCUCUCAUGUUUACCAUGUAUGUUUGAGUAGUUACAGUCUAUGAAAGAGAAGGACAGUCUACUGUCAUGUGUUCAGUGUCUGUGGCGUACAUUUGGGGGAGGGGCUCACUGGAAAACAAGGAUGUGAAUUCAUAACGCUGAAAACCAGAAAGACGAGCCCCAUUCAUCCAACAAACCUCCAUUUCAGAGUUUGAAUGCUAUCUGAACCUCUUGCCUGAUUGGAAUACUUCGAUAAAACGUAAACAAAACAGAAAAUAUUCAAUAUAGACGACCCCCCCCCUCCCCCAACCAAAGGUCAAAGUUCACAGGAAGCUGGGGGGCUGCCAUUUUCCCCCUGCUAACAUGUUAGAUGCUAAACAGGCGAGGAGUUGUGGUCGUUGCUGAGUGCUUCUGUUUACUGUCAUCCGUUUGCGUUCGUCUACCUCUUCUGUCGUAUGCAUUUUUAGGCUAGGUUGUUGAAUGACGGCGGCAUGGAGAGGACAGAACAGCCGUGGAAUGCCUCCUACACGUACCAGGUGAGCAAACACAGCGCCGAGAUGCUACACAACCUCAACGGCCAGAGAAAAGAUGGAGGCAGGUUUUGCGAUGUUAUCUUGCGCGUCGGAGAGGAGAGCUUCCCUGCCCAUAAGGCGGUGUUGGCGGCAUGCAGCGAGUAUUUUGAAUCGGUCUUCAGCUGUCAGACUGAAGGCGACGGCGAAAGCAAGGAGCUGGAGAUGCACACGAUCAGCCCCAAAGUUUUUCGCGACAUCCUGGACUUCGCGUAUACCUCCAAGAUCGUGGUGCGCCUGGAGUGUUUCCCGGAGCUCAUGACGGCGGCUAAGUUUCUCUUGAUGCGAUCGGUCAUCGAGAUCUGUCAGGAGGUCAUCAAACAAUCCAACGUGCAGAUCCUCGUGCCUCCCGCUCGGGAAGGAGAGCACAGCCUGUUUAGGAGCGCCGGGGCCACUGAGCAGCUGUCAUACCCCCUGCCCUUGGACAUGUCAAACGGGAGCUUGCCCAACGGCGCGGUGUUUACCAACAACACUGACAGUGACAGCGCUGAUCCAAGUCAGCAAACGGCUGAUCGGUUACCGGGUUCCCCGAUAGAGUUUCACCUGAACACCGAGGAAUCGCCAAGCUCCAAACGAGGCAAAGGAAGACCUAAAAAAGAGUCCACCUACAAUAACGCUGCUCAAAAUGAAGACGAAGGCCCUUUCUCGUGCGGGGUCUGUGCUAAGAUUUUCCCCGAUGGCAUCCAGUUAAGAAACCACGAGGCGCAACACGGGACCGUGAGCACCGGUGCGGAUUUGGUCGUUGUGGAUGGGCCGACGAUGAUCUCUCAAUCCCAGCCGAGAUUCCAGGAAAACGGACUGCCAACGGAAACUCGUAAGCGUGAGAGAACGAGGCGGCACGUCGCGUGUGAUCUGUGCGGCAAAGUUUUCCGUGACGUCUACCACCUGAACCGACACAAGCUGUCACAUUCGGGCGAGAAGCCGUAUGCGUGUCCUGUGUGCGGGCUGCGAUUCAAACGCAAGGACAGGAUGUCGUAUCAUGUACGGUCUCACGACGGCUCGGUGGGGAAACCGUAUGUCUGUCAAAGUUGCGGGAAAGGUUUCUCAAGGCCAGACCAUCUGAAUGGACAUAUUAAACAGGUGCAUACCACAGAGAGACCUCAUAAGUGUCAGAUUUGCAAUGCAUCCUUUGCAACACGAGAUCGUCUGAGAUCACACCUGGCAUGCCACGAAGAUAAGAUACCGUGUCAUGUGUGUGGGAAAUUCCUCCGUGCUGCCUACAUGACUGACCACUUGAAAAAACACAGUGAAGGACCUCAUAACUAUUGUGGAAUAUGCAACAAAGGUUUUUCUACUGCAUCCUAUUUAAAGGUGCACGUAAAAAUGCACCACAGCUCGUCCAUGCUCCCUUCCUCUGCAGCACAUCAGUUCCCUGAGCCACGAUCCAACAGACCACAGAUGCACAACUGCGCCCCCUACCACUUAGGACAUCAGUGCUCAGUGGAAGAGCUCUGCACUAGUCGCCGGCUCCUGGUUACCUUUCCCGAGACAGAGGGGUCUUUUCGGGGGCUGUCUGGGCCAGUUCUACCCCAGCCUGUCCCUCCUGCCCUGGGCCUGCAGCCUGAGCUGCUCCUGGGAAAGCCAGGUCCAACUCCCUAUUUCUGGGAGUGCCGCUCUUCUGGAGCACCAGGGUUUCCGCUUCAUGGGCCUCUUACAGACGGGCAGGAAAUUGCUGUGAAAUGCCCCCACCAAGAUUCUGAUGGUUCGGAUGCAGCUUUCGGUGAUCUCCCCAACGGAACCGAGCUCAAGCCUGAGCAGAAAGCAGAGGGAGAAGAACUGGAGGUCAACUCUUUCAUCUUCAACGGGCAGCCUGACGACACCGUGACGUCGCCAGGUGGAUCCAAACAAAACACAGACAAUGAAAAGAAGUUUGCUUGCGGCGAUUGCGGCCAGACCUUCCGCACAAAGUCUUACCUCAACAAGCACCAUCACCGGGUUCAUAAGAAACGGAGUGUGGCGGGGUCCAGUCUGGGUGACCUUGCCUCCCCCUUUUCCCCCCAACAGAAUAUGUCACUUCUUGAAUCCUUUGGCUUUCAGAUUGUCCAGUCAGCCUUUGCCUCCUCACUAGUGGAGACUGAGAUGGGCAGUAGUGGAAUGGGUUUAGGCGAUAAAUGACCCCUUUGAGAUAUAGACAUUUCUUAUAACCCUGCUCUUACUGGACAACCAAACAUAUGAUAACUGCGAGUUUAGUCUUUUGUGUUUUGUUGUAAUUCUUGAUGCCAUAUGUAGACUACUUUUGUUUCUCAUAUUUCUUACUAUUAUAAUGUUUGUUAAUGUUUUGACUUCACCAUCAUGGAUGCCGUUCUGAUUCCAUGUUGGUGUGAAGCAGCUGUUUUUACUUUAGACAAAUACUCAUUUUAUAGGUUUACCAUGAAAAAAAACACCUUGCUUUUGUUAACAUUUUUAUGUCUCUGCUUCCAGAUAGGUGGGGUUAGGGUGGUUAACUUCAGAAUAUAUAUUGAUGCCCCAAACAUUUUUAUAAUCUACAAGAGUUCAUUUCAUAUAGAUGGAUGCCCAGACUUGCAGAGUAGGUACCUCAAAUGUGGUCGAAAAGUCUCAAGUCCACAAGACUGUUUUGCAUUUCUCUAAUUCAAUUAUUUCUUAUUCCAUUACAAAUUAUAUUAUCAGUUUAACAAUUUGGGUGACAAGUUUGAUUGAAAAAUUAACUAGAACCACAACUUUGUGCAAAACCUGAUGAUCCAUGUUAUCCCUUUAUGAUAUGAGAAUGCUUUGAAGAGCAUCUUUUGUGCUUCCAUCGAAGCAUUGAAAUCUGACCUUUUGUACAAAGGUGUUAGCAUGGCCUUAUUUGAAUAGUGACCUUAAAACAGGACAGCAUCUUAAGUAUUUCCUAUUCAUUUUAUGUCAUGAUAUAUCUUUGUUUUUCAACAAAGUUUUUAAAAAUCCUAAAACUUUGUUUAUUUUUAGAUUUAAAUUAGAUUUCGAAUCCCAGAUGUGGACUAAGACUUUUGAACCCCAUUUUAUGUCUGCAUUUGCAGUAAAAAAGCAUAACAUUAGCAAGCAUUAAACAUUUUAACAAAAUUAAAACGUUUUCAGAAUCAAAGCUACAUCAGGCAUCAUUGAGACCCAAAGUUCUGACGGUCAGCCGUUUGUAAUCCACAGGUAACCUGCAAAACUAGUGAGAUUCUUUUAAUCAGUUUCUUCUCGUGUAUGAAUUACUUUGGCAGAUAAUGUAAUGAGUAUAAAUCAUUCACAACUUUAGCCCAAAUCAUGGCUGUUAGAAUAGUACUUUUUUUUAUUUAUUUUUUUUUAUUUUUUUAUCAUUGAUAGUUUUGAGACUGAUUGUUUUUGGUCACAAAAGUUUCAGCUUUUAAUGUCCAACAGGGACCAAUUUCAGGUUUCACUCUAAGAUAUAGCAAGAAGCAAAGAAUAUAUUUUAUUAACUUAUUGAUAUUGGUGUCCAAUUCUCCUUUACAAAAAGGUAUAUAUUGAGUUUUUGUGUAGAGUUGCGAUUGUGCUAUUUUCCUCAUAAAUCAUGCACCCAACAGGAGGACAGUGUGAGAGCCACAGUGUGUAAAUGAGCAUAACAACUGUAUGUGUGAGUACACGUGUGAAUGCUGUGGUCUCUCCAAUGUCCUUUUAUCUCCAGAAUGUAAUAUAAACAGAGGGCUUUGUAAUCUUUUUUUAAUAUAUCAGAGAAUUUUUCUAAGAGGUUCAGUACAUUCUUGCUGAACUUGAAGUCUUGUCAUUAUACAUGUUUAACAUUCACACACAUAUAUAAGAAAUAUGUACAUAUGUAUGGUCAAUUUGUUAGUUAUGUGAUUGGGAUCUUUGUAUAUAGAUAUUUUCCUUGGCCUGGGAGAAUGAAUGGAAAUCUUAUUGAGGAAUAUGUAUUAAGUUCAGAUCAAUACUUCUGUUGCUUCUUUUUGAUAUUAUGCAAGUAUGUGUGUUGUUGUUUUGGUGUUACCUUGUUUCCCUGGGAUGUUAAUCUAAAUGCAGUGUGCAUACUGGUUAUUUUUCCUUUUAUUUUACCCUCCAAGCUAAUAGUUUAGUGUUCUGUAAAUGUAUUUUGUAAGGCGGAUAGUACAAUGUUGCAGAGGUGUUACAGGCGGUCACUCAUGAUAAUGGAUGCUUUCCAUUAUGUAAUGUAUACAAACCUUUUCUUUUAUUGAAUUACAGGAUAUGCUUGUUAGGCUUACUGUUUAAAUCCAAAGCAAACUGAGCAGUGCACUCAAAAAUCAAUGCACUCUAUGGUAAAAUAUAGCUAAUGUCAGAUCAUAACAUAAGUUAAUUAUUCUUAAAAUAACAAUCACUGUCUGCCUAACAGUAAGCCUGAUCUGAAGAUUUGCAGCUUUUAUUUAUUUACAAAAUCAAAGUUAUUGGGAAGCCCUCGAAUAUUAAUGCUAUACAACUUGUUUGUCUAGUGUGGUGUUUAGGCUUAUUGCAUCACUGGAAUUUUUUGUUGUUUUUUUACUCAGAUAUUUGUAUGUUGCAAAGUGCCUUCCCAGUACUGAUUGUGAAUGGCGAAGGGUAGGAAAUUCUGUCAUUAAAAGGACCUAUCUUAUUUUAACCAUAUACGAACCGAGUUGCAUUGACACUUUUGGAUAAAGACAUGCACAUAGAAAAGUGUACAUUUGUACAUGUAUGUUUGGUAUUCUACCUUUUGUUCUCUGACAAAAUGUUGUUUCUCUGCAAUUUAUGUCACAGCGUUCAUCGGUUUUUGGACAUUUAGAUAUAAGCAUACUUUUCUAUAGAUGUUUGUUUUUGUACACUGUUUUUGUGUCUCUGUCUAUUUGGUACAGAGAUGGGUAUGAAAUAAAAUUGUAUCUGAGAAUUUU